CCAUCAGACAGUCUGAAGACUGGUGAGAUUGCCGGAGUGCCAUGCGUACUCCUAGCCAGACACGGGCGCUCCCACGCCACCAUGCCCACCAAUGUCAACUUCCGAGCUAACAUAUGGGCACUCAAAAUGGUCGGUUGUACACAUCUUUUGGUGACUACUGCAUGCGGAUCCCUACAGGAAAACAUACACCCGGGGGAAAUUGUUGUCCUGGACCAGUUCAUUGACAGAACACAGAAAAGAAUACAAACGUUUCAUGAUGGAUCUGAAAAUGCUCCACCUGGUAUUUGUCACAUGCCUAUGGCUGAACCCUUCUGUCCUAGAACAAGUCAGGUAAAUCUGG